UGCACCUCGUGACUAAAAGCUUCCAAGGUUCAGCUGAACUGAGGAAUUAUUCCAGCCAUGGGAGAAAAUGGAAGUUUCUGGGAAAGCCUGAUAUAUGCCCAUCCAACAUGUACCACCUGGAAGCAAGAGGCAGAGGGAUCCAUCUACCACCUCGGCAGUAUUCUCUUUGUUGUGGGCUUCAUGGGUGGAAGUGGAUUCUUUGGGCUUCUCUAUGUCUUCAGCUUACUUGGACUGGGCUUUCUCUGCUCCUCUGUCUGGGCUUGGCUGGAUGUCUGUGCUGCUGAUAUCUUCUCCUGGAAUUUCAUACUGUUUGCUAUCUGCUUCGUCCAGUUCAUAUAUGUUACCUACCAAGUUCGGAGCGUUUCCUUUGACAGAGAAUUCCAGGAGCUCUACAGUGCUCUGUUCCAGCCUCUGGGAAUUUCCUUGACUGUUUACAGGAAGAUUGUCUUGUGCUGUGAUGCAGAAGUGGUCACCUUGGAGAAGGAACACUGUUAUGCCAUGCAGGGCAAAACACCUAUUGAUAAACUGUCCUUGCUUGUGUCAGGCAGGAUCAGAGUGACAGUCGAUGGGGAGUUCCUGCACUAUAUUUUUCCUCUUCAGUUUCUGGAUUCUCCUGAAUGGGAUUCCCUGAGGCCCACAGAAGAGGGAAUUUUCCAGGUGACGCUGACAGCAGAGACAGACUGCAGGUACGUGGCCUGGAGGAGGAAGAAGCUGUACCUGCUGUUUGCCAAGCACCGCUUCAUCUCCCGCCUCUUCUCGGUUCUCAUCGGCAGUGACAUUGCUGAGAAACUCUACGCCCUGAACGACAGGGUGCAGGUGGGGCAGGGCUUCAGGUAUGACAUUCGCUUGCCCAACUUCUACCACGUCUCCCUGCCAGAGACCCCCCGAGUGCAGCCCCCCCACCGCCUGCAGAGAGGCUCCCCCCGACGCAAGCCCGCGGGGGUUACAAACUGCGGCUCCUAGGAGGGGAAAGCUCUGCUGCAGCCCUUCCCAAGGGGAUGUGAAGGGAAAUGCCAAGUGGUGAAGCAGGCUGAGAUCCAGUCAAGCCAAAUGUGACUGCCAAGUGCCAUCUUACUUCCAUGGGAGUAGCUUGGAUUCUCCUCUCAAGAGCCAGCAGCUUGGCUUCUGCGUUGGGACUGUCUGUGCAAUAUGUUUAGUUCCUGUUGAUUCUUCUUCUGAUCCUUCAUCUCCUUAUUUUUGGAGGAAAACAAAUCAUCACAGGCUGAAGUUUUGUUGUAACUGUGGUGGCCUCUGUGUUGUGUUUGGGGUUGGU